AUGGUCGCAACCAUAACGGUAUACUUCCACCCAGCUCGAUCGCAGGGGAGUAUGUUCAAGGCUUUGGUCUGUGCUUGUUUGGCCUUCAUCUACACGGCUUUUAUCUCGAUCACAAGUAUGUGCGUUGAAAUGUUCUUCCAAGACACACUACACUUGCUACCACUGGGGCACGCCAUUGUUCUUAUAGUGUUCUGCGGGGGCGGACUUGGUUUCAUCGGUUGGACGAAGCAAAGGCUGAAUGACCCCCUCGUCAACGUUGCAUGCUCUCUGGCUUCACUUUCGACGAUUAGUGUCUUGACAAAAGAAGGUGCAGUGCAAGCCGGAGAUUUAUCGUUUACGAAAAUUUCACACGUCUUGAAAAUGAUUAUCAUGGGGGUCUCUGCCACAAUGACUGUAUCAUUCUUAAUAUUUCCCAUAUCUGCGCGGAAGAAAUUGCGGUCAAAUCUCACCAGUGCCACCGAGACCAUGGCAACGAUGUUGGCUUUGAUCACAGAGAGCUUUCUGAGCGGCUCAGAAGAAGAGCUCCAAACUGCAGAAUUUGUCAAUGCAGCUGCGCAACAUAAAAAAGCAUACGGCCAGCUCGACUCUCUCGUCAAAGAAGCUAAGCUCGAGCACUAUGUGAGAGGAACUGAGAAGGAGUAUAGGUUGGAAAAGAACCUCGUUCGCUGGGUACAGGAUAUAACUCACAACUUGGGAGGCUUGCGCAGUGCUGCAUCAAUGCAGUUCCAGCUGCUUAAGCAGACAAAGCCUUUUGGUUCACCGCAGCCACAAAGCAUAGGGUUAUCCCAUCAAGGAGUUGACGUUUGCCGGUCAAUCAGUCCAUGGUCAAUGGCCGAGGAUCGACCUUAUUUGGAACCAAUUGACGAAAGGCCGGAAGACGAUAUAUCAGAACCCGAUGUCCUGAGGCCAACCCUAAGUCGUAGGCAGACUUCUGAAUCUGAGGCUAGUGCAGCUCUUCUUCCUGCAGAUAUUUUCGCUAUUUUUAUAGACCAUUUGGGACCAUCCAUGAGAUCACUUGCUUUCACGCUAAAGGAGAUAUUCAAGGAAAUACCUUUCGGACCGGCCCCCAGCUAUAAAGUCACUGUGGACAGCAGGUUCAUCACUAGCUUAGACCGUGCUCUUGAGCUUUACAAGGCAUCUCGAGAGGAAGCGCUGAAAUCUAUAUACCGGGAGAAAGAUAUCUUCAAGGUUAAGACCCUGGAAAUCGAAGCAGACCUGGAAGAGGUCGCCGCCAGUUGUGGGCAUUUCAGCUUUUCGCUUUUGGAGUUCGGCGAACAGUUAAAGGAGUUGCUCGCAAUAUUGGAUGAGCUACAGCUCGAGUCUGAAGAGCGACCCCAUGGAAGAUCUUGGAAUUGGUUGAAAUUCUGGCGUAAAAAUGACCUUGAGCGAAGAAGAUUCGCCGACUCAGACCAACCACUAAUAGAGUCGAGCCCUUUGCGGAACUCAAUUGCUAUUCCACAACCCUCGUACAGCUCUUCACAGCUUCAAAAUAGCGCUCCCGAAUUUAAGAAACCGUUUGCGAAGACCAGGAUCGGGUACCAAAUCUGGAGAUCACUCAGCGUGUUUCGACGCGAUGAUAUGAAAUUCGCGAUUAAGGUAGGGACUGGUGCAGCUCUCUAUGCCUGUCCUUCCUUUAUCACAUCCACUCGACCCAUUUAUUCACAUUGGCGAGGAGAAUGGGGUCUGCUGUCCUACAUGCUGGUUUGCUCUAUGACUAUCGGUGCCUCAAAUACCACUGGCUAUGCACGUUUUCUGGGAACAUGUCUCGGCGCAGUUUGCGCCAUCCUGUCAUGGUAUAUCACUGACGGGAAUGCGCUCGGCCUCGCCUUUUCAGGCCUGAUGAUGGCUACUUGGACGUCCUACAUCAUUAUCGUCAAACGUCAAGGCCCGAUGGGCCGCUUUAUUAUGCUUACAUAUAAUCUCUCGGUCUUGUACGCAUAUUCACUCACCCAGCAAGACGGCCAGGAUGACCAGGACGAGGGCGGAGAUAGUCCCGUCAUUACUGAAAUAGCGCUCCAUCGGGUCGUGGCCGUGUUCUCUGGUUGCAUCUGGGGUAUUAUCAUCACGCGGCUGAUAUGGCCCAUUAGUGCACGGAAGAGAUUGAAGGACGGGCUCGCGCUGUUAUGGCUUCGGUUGAGCUUAAUCUGGAAAUCUGGCCCGCUCUCUGCAACUCACAGUUCCAAGCAGCAAACUGAAUUCAUGACUGCAAGGGAUAAGCUUGAGGUUGAGCGAUUCCUAGCCCACCUCGAGUCUCUCCAGGUGUCUGCACGAUCCGAGUUUCAGCUUAAGCAAGCUUUUCCGGACGCUGUGUAUACUAAUCUUCUUGCGCACACACGAAACAUGGUUAAUGCUUUUGUGGCUAUGAACCUUGAGCUGGCCAAGAACAUGACUGCUUCGCAAGGCGAGCUAGCCAUUCUUGAUUAUACCGUCUCUGAGAGACGACAUUUGUCAUCUCGCAUUAGCCAUCUGCUGUCUUUCAUGGCGUCGUCCAUGAAAAUGGAAUAUCCCUUAGUCGAUAACCUGCCCAACGUUGAGCAUGCAAGAGACCGACUUCUCGCCCGUCUUUUCCACUACCGUAAGAAUUGGGAAAUAUCCAAGUCUUCGACAGAUGAAGAUUAUUCACUGCUCUAUGCAUACGUGCUGGUGACUGGACAAUUGUCGAAGGAAAUUGAGAGAAUAUCAGAAGAGAUUGGACGACUUUUUGGGGUCCUCGAUGAGAGCGCAGUAAAACUUUAUGCCUAG